AUGUCUUAUCGAGAAGUCUACACGAAGCUGCUCCACCCAUAUAGAAAUAUUUUGGGAUUGUGGCAGCCAGAUCAAGACUAUGGAACACUGCUGUAUGUAGCGGCGGAUGGCUUAUGCAUUACUGGUUGGACGUACGGGCCUUGCCUUAACACCCAUGAGGAUGGCCCACUGCAAUUCAAGCCCUCGUUCAGAAUUCGGCUGACGGAGAGGAAAUCAGCCACGGUGGAGUGCCUGGAAGGCCGCAUCAGCAGGCCCCACAACUGCCACGUGCAGAUUCGGAAGGACAGGCUCACCCUCCAGUGCAGGAAGACAGACCACCGAACGGAUUCACCAACUCGGCUUAGGGGAGAACGGGGGUGGGUGCUGCCGCAGGACGGUCAGCAGUAUGACUGGGUGACCUACCGUCGCCUCUACCUCCCGCCAGGCCACCCGGGCGACCUCAUCAGGCCAGGCCUCUUCCAAUUCAAAUGCGAGAUGUGCAGACGAAAGAAGAUUGCCAUGCUCAGCUUCCAUGGGAAGUAUGCCAGGGUCACCGAGAUCAGGGGAGGGUUAAUCUGGACGUUAGAGAUCCACCUCAGGCGCCGCAUCCAGCUGCGAGAUGGCGGGUUCUUCCACGACUUCAACGAGCUCUCCCGCGUGGUCCGGGAGAUUGGCGAGCAGUCGGGGCUGCGGGUCGCGGCGCGCCUCUCCUCUGGGGCGGCGGCCGAGGACAGCAGCGCCAUGGAGGAGCUCGCCACCGAGAAGGAGGCGGAGGAGAGCCACCGGCAGGACAGCGUGAGCCUGCUCACCCUUUCCUUGCUGCUCACGCUCACCAUCCUCACCAUCUGGCUCUUCAAGCACCGCCGGGUGCGCUUCCUGCACGAGACCGGGCUGGCCAUGAUCUACGGACUCAUCGUCGGGGUGAUCCUGAGGUACGGCACCCCUGCCACCAGUGGCCAUGACAAGUCCCUCAGCUGCACUCAGGAAGACAGGGCCUUCAGCACAUUAUUAGUCAAUGUCAGUGGGAAGUUCUUUGAAUACACCCUGAAAGGAGAAAUCAGCCCCGGCAAGCUCAACAGUGUAGAGCAGAAUGACAUGCUGAGGAAGGUAACGUUUGACCCAGAGGUCUUUUUCAACAUUCUGCUGCCUCCAAUUAUUUUCCAUGCUGGAUACAGUUUGAAGAAGAGACACUUUUUCAGAAAUCUUGGGUCUAUUCUGGCCUAUGCCUUUUUGGGGACUGCUGUUUCCUGCUUCAUUAUCGGAAAUCUCAUGUAUGGUGUAGUGAAGCUCAUGAAGAUGGUGGGACAGCUUUCGGAUAAAUUUUACUACACGGAUUGUCUCUUUUUUGGAGCAAUUAUCUCUGCCACUGACCCAGUCACUGUACUGGCGAUAUUUAAUGAGUUACAUGCAGACGUGGACCUCUAUGCACUUCUGUUUGGAGAAAGCGUCCUAAAUGAUGCUGUUGCCAUUGUGCUGUCCUCUUCCUUGACAGGGGCUGACGUGACCAAGUUUACCAAGCUGCACUGCUUCCCCCUGCUGGAGACCGCGCUGUUCUUCCUCAUGUCCUGGAGCACCUUCCUCCUGGCAGAAGCCUGCGGGUUUACAGGUGUGGUAGCUGUCCUUUUCUGUGGAAUCACACAAGCCCAUUACACCUACAACAACCUGUCGGUGGAAUCAAGAAGUCGAACGAAGCAGCUCUUUGAGGUGUUACACUUCUUGGCCGAGAAUUUCAUCUUCUCCUACAUGGGCCUGGCGCUGUUUACCUUCCAGAAGCACGUCUUCAGCCCCAUUUUCAUCAUUGGAGCUUUUGUUGCCAUCUUUCUGGGCAGAGCUGCACAUAUCUACCCACUCUCCUUCUUUCUCAACUUGGGCAGAAGACAUAAGAUUGGCUGGAAUUUUCAACACAUGAUGAUGUUUUCAGGCCUCAGGGGAGCAAUGGCAUUUGCACUGGCCAUCCGAGACACAGCAUCCUAUGCUCGCCAGAUGAUGUUCACGACCACCCUCCUCAUUGUCUUCUUCACCGUCUGGAUCGUUGGCGGAGGCACAACACCCAUGUUGUCAUGGCUUAAUAUAAGAGUUGGCGUCGAGGAGCCCUUUGAAGAGGACCAGAAUGAACUCCAGUGGCACUACUUCAGAGUUGGUGUUGACCCGGAUCAAGACCCACCACCCAACAAUGACAGCUUUCAAGUCUUACAAGGGGAUGGUCCAGAUUCUGCUGGAGGAAACCGGACAAAGCAGGAGAGUGCAUGGCUGUUCAGGCUGUGGUACAGCUUUGACCACAAUUACUUGAAGCCCAUCCUCACACACAGUGGCCCCCCAUUAACCACCACGCUCCCAUCCUGGUGUGGCUUGCUCGCUCGAUGUCUGACCAGUCCCCAGGUGUAUGACAACCAAGAGCCACUGAGAGAGGAAGACUCUGAUUUCAUCCUGACUGAGGGUGACCUCACCUUGACCUACGGGGACAGCACAGUGACUGCCAAUGGCUCCUCAGGCUCCCACACGGCCUCCAUGAGCCUGGAGGGCAGUCGGAAAACAAAGAGCAGUUCUGAGGAGGUGCUGGAACGAGACCUGGGAAUGGGAGACCAGAAGGUUUCAAGCCGGGGCACCCGCCUAGUGUUCCCCCUGGAGGAUAAUGCAUGACUUUCCCCCCAAACCCUGAAGCGAUGGGGUAGACCCACCGGUGGUGUGGGGCUGGCUGCAUGCUCCAGUGUUGAUUGAGGUGGGACAGUGACUGAAUGGAACUAACGCUUCUAUUGUAUUGAGGUCUGAAGAUACCUUAACAUUUAAAAUUUAACCCAAGAUACAGAUGGUGGGGCUCAAGACAAAUGCAGAUCUAUUCCCACUUUUUCACUUAGUAGUGCACUGUUCAGAGUUAAACAAACAAAAACAAUCGCAUGCUUUACUGGUCUCUAAUUCAUUCACCUGUGGUACCUGAACAAGGUGUGGUGGGUGCCGGGGACCCCUCCCAGGAGAGGCUUUGUAUCCAUACACAGCAGUGCGAGUCUAGCUGGAUGUAGGAAUAUCAAGUGAAGGGAGAACAGGCUAGAAGAAAGAUGGCGAAGGAAGGCCAGUGAGAUUGGACCUCCAAGGAUGAGGGGAAGCUGGUGUUAAAUGGGACAGAAAGCAUGAAAAAGCAAUUUGAGUGGAGGCUCCAGCAACAAGAGAUGAUGACAGCAGCCUCAUUUCUGGAUUCCUGACUUCUUUUGCUGCCUGUAUUUUCUCUAGACUGAAGAUUGGAAAAUAUAUCCAUCAACAUUUCAA